AUGGCCGCGGUGGCGGGGCCGGGGGUCACCGCAGGGGUGGCGGCCAUCACGGUGCUGUGGGUGACAGCCGUGGGGGCAGCCACGGGGCGCUGGUGCGAGCGGACGGUGCUGGUGACGGAGCAGGAGGAGGUGAGGCCGCGGCGCGAGGCCGCGGUGCCGUGUCCCAGUUUGUACCAGUACAGCCUGGCCGGGUGGCGCCUGGACCGGGGCCGCACGCGCCGGGAGCGCGGCAGCUCCGACGGGGACACCGAGCCCGCCCUCUGCUACAUCUACCGCCCCCCGGAGGUGCGGCCGGUGGCGCAGAACCGCACGGAGCGCGGCUGUUGUCCCGGCUGGAGCGGGGCCCGCUGCACCGAGGGCCCCGGCUCCCUGGGCCGCUGUUUCAGCACGUGGCAGUGCCAGGACGGCGCGGGCCACAACGGCAGCGCCAUGAGCCGCGCCGAGUGCUGCCAGCAGCCCUGGGGACGCAGCUGGCAGCGCGGGGACGCCGGCGGGCCCUGCCUGCCCUGCACCCGCCUGCCCCUGGGCGGGGACGGGGGCUCCCCGCGCCACCGCAGCCCCCCGGCCACGUGCCAGGCCUGGGCCGGCUCCCGAUUCCGCACCUUCGACGGGCGGCACUUCGGCGUCACCGGGAACUGCCGGUACGGCCUGGCCAGCGCCACCGACGGCACCUGGGACGUCACCGUCGGCCUGGGACAGCCACGGGAGCUGCACAUGACCUUCGGGACGGACACGGUGGUGGCCCAGGGACGGAACGUGUCGGUGAACGGGGCAGCGGUGCCAGAGGGACGCCCCUACCUGCACAAAGGGCUCGGUGUCACCUGGCCGGGCGACUGGGUGGCCGUGGCCAGCAGCCUGGGUGUGCGGGUGGCCUGGGACGGGCACCUGGCGGUGACAGUGACGGUGGAGCCCGAGCUGCGCGGUGGCACCUGGGGGCUCUGUGGCACCUACACCGACGACCCCGCAGAUGACUUCCUGCUCCCCGAUGGGGACGUCGCCGCCAUCGCCGCCACCUUUGCCAGCGCCUGGAAGGUGCCAAUGGCCGGCACAGAGCCCCCGUGCAGGGACGCGCCCGAGGGUGGCCCCAGGUGUGGCCCGGGGAACGCGGCGGCGGCGGCGGCCACGUGCGGGCGGCUGCUGGCACAGCCCUUCCGGCAGUGCCACGGCGAGGUGGAUCCCAGCGGGUUCUAUGCGGCGUGUGUGGCACUGCUGUGCGGGGACGGGGACCCCCUGUCACCCCCCGGUCCCCUGCCAUCCCCUGAUCCCCUGUCACCCUCUGAUCCCCUGUCACCUCCCGAUCCCCUGUCACCUCCCGAUCCUCUGUCACUCCCUGAUCCCCUGCCAUCCCCUGAUCCCCUGCCACCCCCCGGUCCCCCCGUUCCCGCUCCCGCCGCCGCCUGUGCCACGUUCGCCGCCUACGCCCGGGAGUGCUCCCGCCGCCAGCUCCCCGUCCCCUGGCGCCGCCCCGGCCUCUGCGAGCGCCGCUGCGGGGCCGGGCAGCGCUUCUCGGACUGCGUGUCGCUGUGCCCCGUCACCUGCGCCACCGCGGGCGGCGCCGAGCCGGGCCCGUGCCAGCGCCACUGCCACGGCGGCUGCGAGUGCGGCCCGGGGCUGGCCCGGGACGGCCCCGGCUGCGUCCCCCCGGCCGCCUGCCCCUGCCACCACCGGCGGCAGCGCUACGAGCCCGGCCAGAGCAUCCGCCAGCGCUGCAACCGAUGCACGUGCGAGGGUGGCCGCUGGCGCUGUGAGCAGCAGCGGUGCCCGGCCGAGUGCGCGGUGCUGGGGGGACGUCACUUUGUCACCUUCGACCGCCGCCGCUUCUCCCUGCCGGCCGCGUGCGCGCACACCCUGCUGGAGGACUUCGUGUCGGGGCGGCUGCUGAUCACAGCCGAGCACGAGCCGUGUGACAGCCACCUGGGCUGUCCCCGCAGCCUCACCGUCAUCACCAGCCGCACCACGGCGCGGCUCCACGGCACAGGGGAGGUGACAGUGGCCGGGCGGGAGGUGACGCUGCCCUUCUCCGGUGCCGGGCUGAGCAUCCGCCGCGCGUCCUCGGCCUUCCUGCACCUGCAGCUGCCCGAGGCGCACCUGCUCUGGGGUCUGGGCACCCCCGACACCUUCAUCACCCUGCAGCCCGCCAUGGCCGGCGCGGUGCGGGGGCUCUGCGGGACCUUCAACGGGGACCAGCGCGACGAGUUCACGACGCCGGAGGGGGACGUGGAGCCGGGAGUCGCCGCCUUCGCCAACGCCUUCCGGGCGGCUGGAGCGUGCCCGGCGCUGGGCCCCGGCGUUCCCGACCCCUGCGACGGCUUCCCCGGGAGCCGGGAGCGCGCCGAGGCCGCCUGCGCCGUGCUCCUGGGGCCGGCCUUCCAACCGUGUCACCGCGCCGUGGACCCGGAGCCGUUCCUGGAGCUGUGCCGCUGGGACGUGUGCUCCUGCCGGGACCGGGAGCGGGAGCGGGAACUGGAGCGGUGCCUGUGCCCCGCGCUGGGCGCCUACGGACGGGAAUGCGCCCGGGAGGGAACCGAGCUGGAGUGGAGGAACCGGAGCCUCUGCGACGAGCCGUGUCCCGGGGGGCAGCAGUACCGGGACUGUGGGGGUCCCUGCGGCCGCUCCUGCCCGGAGCCCCCCGGCGGCAGUGACUGUCCCCCCCCGGACACCCUCUGCGUCCCCGGCUGUCGCUGCCCCCCGGGGCUGCUGCUGGCGCAGGGCGGGCAGUGCGUGCCCCCCGCCGCCUGCCCGUGCCCCCGCGGUGCCCGCCUGUACCCGCCCGGUGCCCGCAUCCGCCGCGGCUGCCAGGCCUGCGUGUGCGCGCGGGGGUCGUGGCGCUGCGCCCCCGGCCCGUGUCCCCCUGCCCCGCGCUGUCCCCCGGGGCUGCUGCACGCUCCCGGCUCCUGCCUGCGCCGCUGCGACCCCGCCGAGCCCUCCGGCACCUGCGGCGGCCCCGCCGACGGCUGCGUGUGUCCCCCCGGGGCGCUGUUCCUGGACGGGCGCUGCGUGUCGCCGGAGCAGUGUCCCUGUCACCACGGCGGGCGGCCGUACCCGCCCAACGCCACCAUCGCCCGCGACUGCAACACCUGCGUGUGCCGGGGCCAGCGGUGGCGCUGCGGGCGCCGGGAGUGCGCGGGGACCUGCGUGGCCACGGGGGACCCGCACUAUGUCACCUUCGACGGCCGCGCCUUCACCUUCGCGGGGGACUGCGAGUACCUGCUGGCCCGCGAGGCCUCCGGGCUGUUCGCUGUCACCGCCGAGAACGUCCCGUGCGGCGCCAGCGGCGUCACCUGCACCAAGUCCGUGCUGGUGGCCAUGGGCAACACCGUGGUGCACAUGCUGCGGGGGCGGGAGGUGACAGUGAACGGCGUGGCCGUGCGACCCCCCAAGGUGUUCGGGGGCUCGGGGCUGGCGCUGCAGCGCGCGGGGCUCUUCCUGCUGCUCCUGACGCGCCUGGGGCUGGCCGUGCUCUGGGACGGAGGGACCCGCGUGUACGUGCGCGUGUCCCCGCGGCUGCGCGGCCGCCUGGCCGGGCUCUGCGGGAACUUCGACGGCGACGCCGAGAACGACUUCGGGAGCCGCGACGGGGCCCUCGAGGCCACCCCCGAGAUCUUCGGGGACUCCUGGCGCCUCAGCCCGCUCUGCCCCGAGGCCGACGGCCACCGCCCGCACCCCUGCGAGGAGAGCCCCCAGCGCUCGGCCUGGGCGCGGGGGCGCUGCGGGGUCCUGCGGCACCCGCUGUUCGCGCCCUGCCACGAGCUGGUGCCGCCGCAGCGCUUCUACGAGUGGUGCCUGUUCGACGCCUGCGGGUGUGACAGCGGCGGGGACUGCGAGUGCCUGUGCACGGCCCUGGCCGCCUACGCCGAGGAGUGCGGCCGGCGGGGGAGAGCCCUGCGCUGGCGGAGCCAGGGGCUGUGCCCCCUGCAGUGCGAGGGGGGGCAGGAGUACAGCCCCUGCGGGCCCCCCUGCCCCCCCACCUGCCGCGACCUCGGCCGGGAGCCCCCCGAGCUCUGCGGGGCCCUGGGGUGCCUCGAGGGCUGCUUCUGCCCCCCCGGGCGGCUCCUGCACGACGGGCAGUGCGUGGAGCCCCCCGCCUGCCCCUGCUUCUGGGACGGCUUCGCCUUCCCGGCCGGGGCCAGCGUGAGCCAGGGCUGCAGCAACUGCACGUGCGUGGCGGGGCGCUGGCAGUGCCCCCCGAGCCCGGCGCCGUGCCCCGCCGCCCCCGCCUGCGCCCCCUGGGAGUUCCGCUGCCGCGCCGGGGGGCUCUGCGUGCCCGGGGCCUGGCUCUGCGACAACGAGGACGACUGCGGGGACGGCUCGGACGAGCUGUGCGACCCCCCCUGCGACCCCCGGCAGCCCCGCUGCCCCGGCGGGCCCUGCCUGCCCUGGGGGGCGCGCUGCGACGGCGUCGCGCACUGCCCCGACGGCUGGGACGAGGCCGGGUGCGCCCCCCGCGCCUGCCAGCCCCCCGAGUUCGCCUGUGCCGGGGGGCGCUGCCUGCCCCCCGCGCGGCUCUGCGACGGGCGCCUCGACUGUCCCCCCGGGGAUGACUCGGACGAGGCGGGCUGCGCCCCCCGGUGCGGGCCGGGGCAGUUCCGGUGCGGCGGGGGCCGCUGCGUGCCCUCCCGGUACCGCUGCGACGGCCGCGACGACUGCGGGGACGGCAGCGACGAGAACGACUGCCCCGGACCCUCCAUCCUGGGACCACCACACUGGAGACCUCCACCCGGGACCCUCCACCCUGGGAACCCCUCCUGGGACCCCCCGGCCCCUCUGCCCCGGGACCACCCCCCUGGGGACCGCCCCAUCCGCCCCGCGAGGCUCCCGAUCAGGGGCAGCUCCCCGGGACCCCCUACCCGGCAUCGCCGCCUUUGGGGACCCCUCCCCGUGACCCCUCACCCCGGAGCCCCUCCGAGACCCCCUUUGGUCCCCGCUGGCCCCGGCGGCGGUGUCACCGCUGUCCCCGUGUCCCCAGCGCGGGCCACCUGCGCCCCCGGCACCGUGCCCUGCCCCGACGGCUCCUGCGUGCCGGAGGCGGCCGUGUGCGACGGCGCCCGCGACUGUCGCGACGGCUGGGACGAGAGCCCGGCGGGGUGCGCGGUGGCGCUGCCGCCCGCGCCGCUGUCACCUGUCACCUCCCCUGUCAGCGCUGUCACCGCCCCUGUCAGCGCUGUCACCGCCGACACUGCCAUCGCGGUCACCAGCGGCACUGUCGCCAGCGCUGUCACUGUCAGUGACACUGACGCUAUCGCCGACACCUCUGCUGUCACCGCCGCUGUCACCAGCACUGUCACUGUCACUGUCACUGUCACCGCCUCGGCCGCGCCCUGCCCGCCCCGCUCCCUGCGCUGCCACAGCGGCGGCUGCGUCCCGCGGGGGUGGCGCUGCGACGGCGACAGCGACUGUCGCGAUGGCAGCGACGAGCGAGGCUGCGCCCCCCCGUGCGCCCCCGGCCACCUGCCCUGCGGCCCCGCCUGCGUCCCCCCGAGCCGCCUGUGCGACGGCGUCCCCGACUGUCGCGACAGCGCCGAUGAGAGCCCCCGGCUGUGCGAGCCCCCCGGCCCGCGGGGUCCCUGCGCAGAGUUCGCCUGCGGGGACGGGGAGUGUGUCACCUUCCAGCAGGUGUGUGACGGGCUGCGGGACUGCGCCUCGGGGGGGGACGAGCGGGGCUGCGGCUUUUGGGGUGCCUGGGGGCCCUGGGGGUCCUGCAGCCGCCCCUGCGGGCCCGGGGGGCAGCGCCGCGCCCGGGGGUGUCACCAGCGCCACCCGGGGCUGCUGCGGGGCUGCCGGGGACCCCGCGAGCAGGAGCGAGCCUGCUUCCACCGCGCCUGCCCGGUGGACGGCGCGUGGGGCCCGUGGGGUCCCUGGUCCGAGUGCCCGGGGGGCUGCGGGGGGGUCCGGCUGCGCACCCGAGGGUGCCGGCCCCCCCAGAACGGCGGCCGCGCCUGCGAGGAGCUGCGGGGGGGCCCCGGAGCGCUGGAGACGGCCCCCUGUGCCCCGGGGGGGUGCCCCAACGCCUCGCAGUGCUCGGAGGGGCUGCGCCCCCUGCCCUGCGCCCCCUGCCCCGCCUCCUGCGCCGACCUGGCCGCCGCCGUGCCCUGCCCGCGCCCCCCGCCCUGCCGCCCAGGGUGCUGGUGCCCGGCGGGGCGGGUGCUGGAGCCCCCCGAGGGCUGCGUGCGGCCGGGGCAGUGCCCGUGCCGGGCCGGGGGGCGCCGCUUCCCGCCGGGAGCCCCGGUGCCGCUCGGGUGUCGCGUGUGCGCGUGCCUGGAGGGACAGCUGCGACACUGCCGCCCGCAGCCCGGCUGCUCAGUGGACUGCGGUUGGUCCUCGUGGUCGCCGUGGGGCCCGUGCGGGGGCGGCUGCGGCAGCCCCGGGGUGCAGUGGUCGUUCCGCAGCCCCUCGAACCCGGCCCGGCGCGGGGGCGGCCGCCACUGCCGCGGCAUCUACCGGAAAGCGCGACGGUGCCGCACGCCGCCGUGCCCGCGGUGCCGGGAGCGCGGCCGCUGGCGCGUCCCCGGGGAGCGCUGGCGGGGGGAGCCGUGCCAGCUGUGCCAGUGCCUGCCGGGCGGGGCCGUGCGCUGUGUGCCCUACUGUCCCCUCCGCCGCUGUCCCCAGGGCCAGGCGCUGCGGGAAGGGCACGGCGGCUCCUGCUGCUCCUGCGGCCCCGCGGGUGACAACGCCACGGCCGCCCCGCCCGGCACGGUGACAGCGCUGUCCCCGAGCGGUGCCGAGACCCCCGGCAGGCCCGGCCCCACGGCCGGGACCGAGGGGCCCAGAGGCGCCGAGACCCCCUCGGGACCCCCCGAGGGCACCCCCGGAACCGCGACCCCGCCCGAGGACACCCCGGGACCCCCCGAGGGCACCCCCAGAGCCGCGACCCCGCCCGAGGACACCCCGGGACCCCCCGAGGGCUCCGCGCCCCCCCCCGAGCCGGAGCUGCCCUCGCUGGCUCCCACGGGGGUCCCCGCCGCGACCCCCCCAGGCUGCGUCCCCCAUGUUUGGGGGCUUUGGGGGUCCUGCAGCCGCUCCUGCGGGGUGGGGGUCGCUCUGCGGCGCCGGAGGGAGACCCCGCCCGGGGGGGGCUGCGACCACCGCCCCGGAACCGGCACCGGAACCGAAACCGACACCGGAACCGACACCGGAACCGAAACCCGCGUGUGCUUCCUGCAAGCCUGCCCAGUUUCGGGCGGGUGGGCGCCCUGGGGCUCCUGGAGCGCCUGCGCCGCCCCCUGCGGGGGGGGGCAGCAGAUUCGCCGCCGCAGCUGCAGCGACCCCCCCCCAAAAAACGGGGGGCGGCCGUGCGAGGGAGGGGCGCUGCAGAGCCGGCCCUGCAACCUGCGGCCCUGCGGGGACCCCCCAGCCUGCCCCCCCCAGGCGCUGCUGGUGCCCCCGGGGGGCUGCGAGGAUCUGGGGGUCCCCCCGUGCCCCCCCAGCUGCGCGGACCUGAGUGGGAACAGCUCGUGCCCGGGGGGCUGCCAGGAAGGCUGCCGGUGCCGGCCCGGGCUGGUGCUGCAGGGGAGCGGCUGCAUCGAGCCCAGCGCCUGCGGGAUCCCCGCGGGGGUGAUGGGGGUGCCCGGGGACCGGGGCCCCCCCGAAUCCUGCGGGUGGUCGCGCUGGACCCCCUGGACCCGCUGUGACUGCGGCAGCGGGAGCCGGCAGCGCUUCAGAUCCCCCACCAACCCCGCGGCCGCGCCGGGCGGUGCCCCCUGCACCGGGACCCCCCGAGAGGAGCGGGGCUGUGCCGAGCUCUGCGGGCCCGAGCCCGGGAGCGCGGGGCCGCCUGCGGGGGGCACCGAGACCCCGGUGACCGCAGGGUCCCCAGAGACCCCAGAGGCCGCAGGGUCCCCAGGGUCGCCGUGGGCGCUGGAGCCGGCGUGGGGCACGGAGCUGCCGUGGGGCACGGAGCCGCUCUGGGUCCCGGAGUCCCCGGAGCCCCCCGAGCUCCCGGAGCCCCCUGAACCCCCCGGGUCCCCGGAGCCCCCGGAGUCCUCGAAGCCCCCCGAGCCUCCGGAGCCCCCCGAGCCGCCACAACCCCCAGAGGCCCCGGAGCCCCCGAAGUCCUCGCAGUCCCCGGAACCCCCAGAGUCCCCGGACGCCGCGCUCGGCCCGUGGUCGCCGUGGAGCACGGAGCCCCUGCCGGUGUCCCCAUGGAGCGCGGAGCCCCUGCCGGUGUCCCCGUGGAGCGCGGAGCCCCUGCCGGUGUCACCGUGGAGCGCGGAGCCCCUGCCGGUGUCCCCAUGGAGCGCGGAGCCCCUGCCGGUGUCACCGUGGAGCGCGGAGCCCGCCCGCGCCCCCGAGGCGCCGGUGCCCGCCCGGGGGUCGCCGUGGGGGCCGUGGGGGCCGUGGGGCGGCUGCAGCGCCGCGUGCGGGGGCGGCGAGCGCUGGCGCCAGCGGGGCUGCGGGAGCCCCCCGUGCCCGGGACCGGCGCUGCAGAGCCAGAGCUGCCACAGCCACGCGUGCCGCGAGGCCGGGUGCCCCCCGGGACGGACGUUCCGUGAGUGCGGGGGGAACUCGGGGUGCCCCCGGAGCUGCGCCCACCUCGGGGGGGCCGUGGGGUGCGCGGGGGGGUGCCAGGAGGGGUGUCACUGCCCCCCCGGCACCUUCCUGCACCGCCACACCUGCCUGCAGCCCCAGCAGUGCCCCUGCUCGGUGCCGGCCGCGCUGCUGGGGGGGGGCACCCCCGGGACCCCCCCCGGCCCGGAGCCCCCCGGGACCCCCGCUGGGGACCCCCCGAUCGUGGAGCUGCCGCCGGGCGGGACCCUGAGCCUGGGCUGCGCCCGCUGCACCUGCCUGUGGGGCCGCCUGCGCUGCGCCCCCCCCGGGGGCUCCGCCUGCAACGGGAGCGCGACACCGAACUGCGGGAGCGGCCCCUGCGCCGGUGGGUACCGGCCCCACAGACCCCUGCCCUAUACCGGGGCAGAGCCCGGCCCCACAGUGGAUCUCGGCCCCAUAUCAGAUCUCGGCCCCACACCGGAUCUCAGCCCUACAGCGGAUCUCAGCCCCACACCCGAUCUCAGCCCCACAGCGGAUCUCGGCCCCACACCCGAUCUCAGCCCCAUAUCGGAUGUCAGCCCCACAGCCCCAGGGGCCGAGCAGGAGCCCCGGGGAUCCCCGGAGGUCCCGGCGGUCCCGUGGGGGCCGUGGGGGCCGUGGGGACCCUGCAGCCAGAGCUGCACCCGCCCCGAGAGCCCCGCGAGCCGCAGCCGCCACCGGGACUGCGCGGGGGGAAACUGUGGGGCGGGGGCGGGCACCGAGACACGGCCCUGCAACCUGCAGCACUGCGAAGCCCCCCCGUGCCCGAAGCCCCCCUGCCCGUGCCGCUGGAGCCCCUGGGGUCCCUGGGGGUCGUGCUCGCGGCCCUGCGGGGGGGGGCAGCAGCGGCGGCUCCGCGCCUUCGCCCCCCCCGGGCCCGGGGGGCGCUGGUGCCCCCAAAUCCUGGGGGGGGGCCACGAGCAGCGCCGGCCGUGCGGGGUGACGGCGUGCCGGGUGAACGGCGCGUGGUCCCCGUGGGGUCCCUGGUCGCGCUGUGACGUCACGUGCGGGGGGGGCCGCUCCGUGCGCAGCCGCUCCUGCUCCAGACCCCCCCCAAAAAACGGGGGCAGCCCCUGCCCCGGGAUGGGGCACGAGCUGCGCGUCUGCAACGCCCGCGCCUGCGGCCCGCGGUGCCCCCCCGGGCAGAGCGAGUCCCCCUGUGCCACGCGGUGCCCGCGGAGCUGCCGGGACCUGCAGGAGGGCGUGUCCUGCCAGGGGGGGGCGCCCUGCGAGCCCGGCUGCCGCUGCCCCCCCGGUACCCUGGAGCAGGACGGGGCCUGCGUGCCCCCCGCGCUGUGCCCCUGCCUGGACUCGGGGGGGCACCUCUGGGUGCCGGGGGGGGGCGGCCCCGCCCGGGGCUGCCGGAACUGCGCGUGCGCGGGGGGGCGGCUGCGCUGCGGGCCGGGGGGGUGCGCGACCCCCCCCGCGACCCCCGGGACCCCCCCCGGCACCGCCCCCUGCGCCUGGAGCCGCUGGAGCCAGUGGGGACCCUGCAGUGCCACCUGCGGGGGGGGGCGGCAGCUGCGACACCGGACCCCCAUCCCCCCCGAGGGCGGGGGGGCACCGUGCGGAGCCCCCCAGGAGCAGGCGCGGGGCUGCGAGGAGGCGCCGUGCCCGCCGCUGUGCCCCUGGGCGGGGGGCGAGCGGGCGCUGGGCGAGCGCUGGAGCCCCGGCCCGUGCCGCCUCUGCACCUGCACCCCCGAGGGACCCGAGUGCGGGGACACGCCGUGUGCCGCCGAGCCGUGUGACUGGAGCCCCUGGGGGCCCUGGGGACCCUGCAGUGACCCCUGCGCGGGGGGGUCCCGCCUGCGCCACCGGCACCCCCGGCACCCCGAGCCCCCCGGGCGGGCGUGCGCGGGGGUCCGCACCCAGAGCGAGAGCUGCGGCUCCGGCGCCUGCCCCGAGCCCCGGUGCGGCGGGGGGGGCCGCAGCCGCAGCCCCUGCGCCGGGCGCUGCCCCCGGAGCUGCGCGGACACCUGGGCGCCGGUGCAGUGUCUGCAGGGACCGUGCGAGACAGGGUGCCGGUGCCCCCCCGGGCAGCUGCUGCAGGACGGGCGCUGCGUCCCCCUGAGCCGCUGCCGCUGCGGGACCCCCGGCGGGGACAGCGGGAGCCGCGAGGUGGCCCCGGGCACCGUGACCCGCGUCGGGUGCCACGAGUGCACCUGCGAGAACGGGACCCUGACCUGCCCGGCGCUGCCGUGUCCCUCCCCGGAGCCCGCGACUCCCGCCAGCCCCAUGUCCCCGGUGUCCCCCGUGUCCCCUGCACACCCCGUGUCCUCCGUGUCCCCCGUGUCCCCCCCCCUGUCCCUGUCCCCCGCCGUGUCCCCGUGGUCCCCCUGGUCCCGCUGCUCCCGCAGCUGCGGCGGCGGCACCCGGAGGCGGCAGCGGCAGUGCCGGGAGGGCCCCGGGCCGGGGCCGCCGUGCGGGGGGAGCCCCGAGGAGGAGACGGCGGCGUGUAACCCCCAGGCGUGCCCCGUGCCGUUCCCGGUGGCCCCCAGCUGCCCCCCGGGCGAGGUGUGGCUGGACCCCGGCCCCGCCUGCGAGCGCAGCUGCCAGGACCUGGCGGAGCCCCCCGGGACCUGCGGGGGGACCCCCGCGACCCCCGGAACCCCCGGAUCCCCCGGGACCCCCGGAACCUCCGGAUCCCCCGGGACCCCCGGGACCCCCGUGACUCCGGACAGCUCCAGCGCCCCCGGGGUCCCCACGGCCCCCGGCACCCCCGGGACCCUCGGGACGGCCUCGCCCCCCCCGCGCUGCGCCUGCGCCCCCGGGCGGUACCGGAACGGCUCCGGGCAGUGCGUGAGCGCGGGCGGCUGCGGCUGCCGGUACCGCGGGGCGCUGCGAGCGGCCGGCAGCGAGUGGCAGGAGCCGUGCGGGACCUGUCGCUGCUCCGAGGGACGCGUCACCUGCGGCAGCUCCUGCCCCGCGCUCACCUGCCCCGAGGGCGCGGAGCCGGUGCGGGAGCCCGGGAGCUGCUGCCCCGUGUGCCGGGACGAGUGGCCAGAGGAGCCCCCCGGGCCGUGCCGGCUCCUCACGACGCUGCGGAGCAUCGCCAAGGGCGCGUGUGUGCUGCGGGGCGUCCGCGUCACCUACUGCGCGGGGGCGUGCCGCUCCCGCACCGCCGUCAGCGCGCAGGAGCCGUACGUGCGGUCGCUGUGCGAGUGCUGCAGUUACCGGCUGGACCCCGCCCGGCCCGUGCGGCCGCUGCUGCUGCCGUGCCCCCGGGGCCGCCCCCGGCCCGCGCUGCUGCCCCGCAUCGCCGAGUGCCGCUGCGAGCCCUGCCGGGGCGGGGACUUCAGCCGGCGCUGAGAGACCCCCGGACACCGCC